AUGUCUUCCGAAGAGAACCUCCAAGGCGAAAAGGCUGGAAGUGAAGAAGGCGAGGAGGGUGCCGGCGAGAAGAAAGAUGGAGAAGAAGAGUCAGCGCAGCAAGAAGGGGAAGAGAAAAAGGAAGGCAGCGAAGAAGGACACGAUGCAGAGGGCGAGGCUAAAGCAGAAGGAAGUGGAGGCGGAGAAGGUGAAGGAAAUGCAGGCUCUAAAGAAGGCGCCGGUGAAGCUGAGCCCCAGGCUGGGGCCGACAAACCUUCGGGUGGAGAGAGCGGCAGUGGUGAUGCAGCAAGUGGCAGCGGCUCGGCCCCCGCCGCAGCUGGAACUAGCACCCAAACUCUGGCACUGAUAGGGGUCGUUGCUGCCGUUGCUGGCUUAGGCAUCCUUAUCAUCGCGAUAGUCCUCCUGAUGGGGAGCUCGCACACAACAACGGAGGAAACAACGACGGACGCGAACGCGACCACCACCACCACCACUAUAAUGCCCGCAGCUGCCCCACCUCGCCUCCGUGAUCUUAGUGUGGAGGAACUGUGGUAG